GCGGCUGGUCCCUGGACCAAUUGAUGGAACUAGCUGGACUCUCUGUCUCGCAAGCAGUAUACCGCGUCCAUCCUCCUAAUGCAGGGAAGAAUGUCCUUGUCGUCUGCGGCCCAGGCAAUAACGGAGGCGAUGGUCUCGUCGCUGCUCGCCAUCUCGCCCAGUACGGCUACACGCCUUCAAUCUACUAUCCGAAGGAAGGCAGAAAUGUGCUUUACCAGCGUCUCAAAACCCAACUACACAACCUGUCCAUCCCCUUCAUAACCGAUUCAGACUUCCCCACAGCCCUAAAAUCCACUACUUUCCUCAUCGACGCCAUCUUCGGUUUCUCCUUCGGCGGUCCCCUCCGCGAACCAUUCCCCUCCAUAAUCUCGCAGAUCGAAGCCGCACCGAUCCCAGUAUUAAGCGUGGAUGCGCCCAGUUCCUGGGACAUUGAAAGUGGUCCGCCCAAGGAAGGCCCCGGGGCGAAGUUCAUGCCGGAGUAUUUAAUUAGUUUGACGGCGCCCAAGCCCUGCGUGAGGUAUUUCCAGGGACGGCAUUUUCUAGGCGGGAGAUUCCUGACCAAGAGUAUUACAGAGAAAUAUGCGUUGGAUUUGCCGAGGUAUCCUGGGAUUGAUCAGGUUAUGGAGGUUGGGGUUGAUACGGAGGGGAGACUUUGAUUUUGGUUAUGAUCUCAAGGUUUUAUUUUAUACUAAUUACCAGGUACCUAUGACAGUGGUGGAUGAGAACCUAAAGAGUAAAAGAAGAGAAAUAGGAUUAUCAAGGCUGUGUGUUGAAG